AUGAGGGAGAGUAAACGUAGGAUGGACGAAGAGAAACUGAGAAGACAACAAAAACACGAGCUCAAGGCUGGACGUGCCCGAGUGGAUCCCAGCAUACACACUCCGCCAAUAGGCGCUGCGUCGAACUUUAACGGCAACGGGACCAAUUUCCAAAACAACUAUGGAUCAUAUAAUAGUCCUAGAUAUGAUGUUAGGCCGACAGCUCCAUCACAGAUGAAUGCGUAUGCAACUGCGGGACCUAGUUCUACAGGAAGCACCGGAAGCAGGCCCAGACCGCCUUCUGUGACUGCUCAAUUUCCUGCGAGAAUAACGCCGCCGCCGCAGCGUAUUGUCAGCUCACCUCCAAAUUUAUCCAGUCCAGCAACUUCCGGCUCAAGGAGCUCAGUUGAAGCCAUCGAGGACUCAAAAGAUGUACGAAUCGCAACACAGCUGUUUGCCAACCACGAUAUCAAGAAAAAAGGAAGACUGACCGCGGAAGAGCUUCAAAAUCUGUUGCAGAAUGACGAUAAUACACAUUUUUGUAUAUCAGCUGUCGACGCCCUGAUAAACCUAUUCGGUGCCUCUAGAUUCGGGACUAUCAAUCAGGCGGAAUUCAUUUCGUUGUACAAGAGGGUAAAGAACUGGCGGAAGAUCUAUGUCGACAAUGAUAUAAACGGUUCAUUCACGAUAUCGGUCAGCGAGUUCCACAACUCGCUACAGGAGCUCGGAUACCUAGUGCCGUUCGAAAUUAGCGAGAAACUGUUCGAUCAAUACGCAGAGUUUAUGAAUCAGAGCGUCAACGGUAAAGAGCUUAAGUUUGACAAGUUUGUGGAGGCGUUAGUGUGGCUCAUGAGGUUAACAAAGACUUUUAGGAGAUACGAUCUCAAUCAAGAAGGCAUAGCAACCAUCCAUUACAAGGAUUUUAUCGAUCAAACGCUCUAUCUCGGGCGCUUUCUGCCGCAUUAG